AUGUCCUACUAUGAGCAUAUCGUCUUUGACUACGACCUCAAUGACACCGGUUCGGGUUCCGGUUCUGGGGACCUCGGGGGGGAUCUGGAGGAGCCGUGUGACGUGGAGCACGUGAUGACCGCUGAGCUUCAGCAGGUCUUUUUGCCCGUCGUUUACGCUCUCAUCUUCAUCCUGGGCAUCACCGGAAACGGCCUGGUCGUCAUCGUGCUCGGCUGCCAGCGCAGGUCAAAGUGCAGCCUCACUGAUCGGUACCGCCUCCAUCUCUCCGCCGCUGACCUCCUCUUUGUUCUGGCGCUGCCGUUCUGGGCCGUGGACUCAGCUCUGGCCGACUGGCGCUUCGGAGCGGUCGCCUGCGUCGGUGUGCACGUUAUCUACACGGUCAACCUGUACGGCAGCGUGCUCAUCCUGGCAUUUAUCAGCCUGGACCGCUACCUGGCGGUGGUGCGAGCCACGGACACCAACACCGGCGGGCUGAGGCAGCUGCUGGCGCACAAACUGGUUUAUGUGGGCGCCUGGUUGCCCGCCGGCCUCCUGGCAGUGCCGGACCUGAUCUACGCCCGGACUCAGGAGGGGGGCGAGGGGGCCACUCUGUGCCAGCGGUUCUACCCAGCAGACAACGCCCCGAUCUGGGUCGCAGUCUUCCACCUCCAGCUGGUCCUGGUGGGUCUGGUGAUCCCGGGUCUGGUGCUCCUGGUGUGUUACUGCGUCAUCGUCACCAGGCUGACCCGGGGCCCUCUGGGGGGCCAGAGGCAGAAGCGGCGAGCCGUCAGGACCACCAUCGCGUUGGUCCUUUGCUUCUUCGUGUGCUGGCUGCCGUACGGAGCCGGCAUCUCCGUGGACGCUCUGCUGCGCCUGGAGGUGCUGCCGCGCGGGCUGCGGCCUGGAGGCCGUGCUGGGCGUGUGUGGCUGGCGGUGGCUGAGCCCAUGGCGUUCGCACACUGCUGCCUGAACCCGCUGCUGUACGCCUUCCUGGGGGCCGGGUUCAAGAGUUCAGCCCGCAGAGCCCUCACCCUGAGCCGAGCCUCCAGUUUGAAGAUUUUACCCCGGAGACCCGGGCGCGCCUCCACCACCACAGAGUCCGAGUCCUCCAGUUUACAUUCCAGCUAGUGUCUGCCUGUGCUGUAUAUACAGGGUUCCCACGCUCAUGGAAAACCUGGAAAAGUCAUGGAAUUUCACAAUCGCUUUUUCCAGGCC